AUGGAAAAGAAAGCAAAUAUAAAAAGAGGAGCUUAUAAUUUUCAAGCUGAUGAAUUUGUUUUGUUGAAACUGCAACCCUACCGCCAGUCCACUGUCUCUCAUAGAAUUUCGCACAAACCGUCCAAACGCUUCUAUGGUCCCUUUCGCAUCAUUCGUCGUGUUGGCACCAUCACCUAUCUUCUGGAUCUACCUUCUUCUUCCGGGAUUCACCCUAUUGUCCACGUCUCUCUCCUUAAACCCUAUUAUGGUGACCACCCGGAUACAAAUCUUCAACCACUUCCAUCUUCAGAUCUCAUUGAUUUCCCUGCAACAGCUGAAACCCUACAAGAAAAUCAACAAAGAACAAAACAAUUAUCGGAUCUCACAACAUCACAUGCAACCAAAGAACAAGAAGAUAGAGUUACCAAGAUUAUUUCAUCUUCAAAAGCAUUCGCGUCUUGUAAACCACCGGUCGCCAUCAGCAAGCCAUCGUCUCCGUCUGAACGCAUGACUAUGGAUUCUUCCUCACCAGACAACGCUCAAGUGUUUCCCAAAACAAAAAAUACGUCUUCUCAAGUGUUGUCCACUUCUCCCACUUCCCAGACUCUUCAUAACCCCAGACCCACAUGCGCUCCUUAUCACCGUCCAAAUGUCCCACCAAAUUCACCUUUUCAACACGUGGCUCACAUGCAACGCCAAGUGCAUCACACCACUUAUCCCACUUUCCCCAACGACUCUUAUAAGGAUGACCUACAAGUGCAACAGCCCAUUCAGCCUUUGAACCUUGAGGACAAGGUUCUUUAUGGGCCCGAGAGAUUAGGGUUUCGUCGUCACGACUGUAACUGUAUUUCAUCGAUGGAUACCAAUAAUGGAGUACCGAAUCAAGGUGAUUGGAGAGGUCAAUUGCACCCUCGAUCACGCCAAAGAAUUGUCAACAAAAUAAUGGAAACUAUAAAAAAGCAUUUACCCGUGUCUGGUCAAGAGGGAUUGCCUGCAAUUCACAACAUUGCCCAAAUGUUUGAAGACAAGGUUUUUACUAUUGCAACAAGCCAGUCUGAUUAUAUAAAGAAAAUAUCUAUGAAGAUGCUUGCAUUUGAGAUUCAAUUCCGGAGCACUACGGUCACCAAUAUAACAUCAUCAUUGGAUAUGCUUACACUAGAGACUGAAUCCCAGGGCAAUAUGGCCAACAAGGAGACUGAAUCCCAGGGCAAUAUGGCCAACAAGGAGACUGAAUCCCAGGGCAAUAUGGCCAACAAGGAGACUGAAUCCCAGGGCAAUAUGGCCAACAAGGAGACUGAAUCCCAGGGCAAUAUGGCCAACAAGGAGACUGAAUCCCAGGGCAAUAUGGCCAACAAGGAGACUGAAUCCCAGGGCAAUAUGGCCAACAAGGAGACUGAAUCCCAGGGCACUGUGGCCAACAAUAUGACAUCGAAUCAAGUUGCCCCUAUCAAUGAACUUCUUGACCCAGCCAAUGGGAGACCGGAUCCAGGUGAUUGGAGAGGUAAAUUGCAGCCUAGAACGCGUGGAAGAACUGUCAACAAACUAUCGAACACAAUGAUAAUGUGUCUUCCCUAUUCUAGUCCAGAUGUAUUGCGUCAACUUCGGAAGCUUGCCCAAAGUUUUGAAGAGAGGAUUUUUACUGCUGCAACAAGCGAGUCUAAUUAUGCAAUGAAAAUACUUUUGGAGAGUAUUAAAAUAGAGAUUAAACUCAAGGGCGCCUCUUUUGCCAAUAAGAUGACAUGGAAUCAAAUUGGCCCUAGCAAUAAACCUCUUGAUCCAGCCAAUGGGAGACCGAAUCAAGGUGAUUUGGGAGGUACAUUGAAGCCUGAAACCUGCGAAAAAAUUAUCAACAGCAUAAAGUACACAUUAAAACAACAACUUCCUAUUGUUUCUGGUCAAGAAGGAACAGAUGAUUUUGGAAAGAUUGCGCAAAGCAUUGAAGAGUGGAUUUUUACUUAUUCAACAAACAAGGCUGAUUAUGAGGCAUUGAAAUCUAACUACCAGGGCUCUGAGAAGAACUUUAUAGCAUUGGAGUUGGCACAAUUAAUUGAAAUAGAUAGAGUCAUGUGUUUACCUUGCGUGCUAUGA